AUGAGACCGAAUUGUUCGCCUGGAGAGGAACAUGAAUUGUUUACCGAAUGGGCUAUUUCCCAAGGCAUCAUUAUAAAUGGAGUAGGUCCUGCUCGGUUCCCAGGUCGUGCCCUGGGCAUGAUAGCCACACGAAAUAUAGAAGAAGAUGAAGCUAUUGUGACGGUGCCGUUGAAAGCUAUGUUAACGACCAACUCCAUCCCAUCCUCAUUCAUCAGCAAGUUCCCCGGCGGAUGUUCCGUCCACACACUAUAUGCUGCAUUCUUCACCAACGGGGAUCCUGAAGAUCUUCAACACUACGACGCCUGGAGAAAGACUUGGCCAAGUCGACAAGAUUUCGAAAACACCAUGCCUAUUUUAUGGCCAUCAUUACUACGGGACCCCAUCAGCAAAGCGAAAUCCCAUUCAUCUCCGCGAACUCUUCUCCCCCCGUCAAUCUCUGGGUCAUGGAAUAGUAUCCAAAAGGGAAAAAGGGAGUACGAGUACGAGUCCCGUCAUCAGAAUCUCCUCGCUCGGCAGGAGAAGCGAUUACGUGACGCCUGGGAUACCGUCGUGGCUGUCUUCCCAGAUAUCAGUUGGGAAGCGUUCUCCUAUCAUUGGUUAAUUGUCAACACGAGGAGCUUUUUCUUCUUGAUGCCUGGCCAGGAGCCACCCGAGGAUCGGAACGAGGCUAUGGCGUUGCUGCCUUUUGCUGAUUAUUUUAAUCACUCUGACGUUGCAUGCAAUGUGAAGUUUGACGGCCGGAAUUACAUUUUUCGGGCAACAAAACACUAUGAUAAAGGAGAAGAGAUAUACAUGAGCUACGGUCCUCAUCCUAAUGAUUUCUUAUAUACAGAAUAUGGCUUUUAUCUUGACGAGAAUAAGUCAGAAACACUUUAUCUUGACGACGUCAUAUUCCGAGACCUCAGUGCAAACCUGCAGAGGGAACUGGAGUUCGAACAAUAUUAUGGGAAUUAUCAAUUAACAGCUUCUGGUGUCUGCUACCGCACUGAGGUCGCUGCUUGUAUAAAAUACAUGGCGCUUGGAGAUUGGCGAAGUUAUGUCCUUGGUUACUCCACGAAAGGUGUUGACGCCGACAAGACGAAUGAAAUCAUUCAAGGAUGGAUCAAAACGUAUAGCAACGAGGCAAAUACUACGAUCACAUCAUUGGAGAAGAUUAGAUCCAGCAAAGUGGAACGGAAGGAUCAAGAAAAGAUCGAUUCACUGCUCAAACGCUGGAGUCAAAUCGAAGAGCUCUGCGACCAAGCCCAACAAUCUGCAACUUCAUAG